CAUGGCUCGUCCGGGGUGUCAAGACGAGCCAAAAUAUUCAUUUAAAAUCAUCGUUUUAGGCUCAAAAGGAGUAGGAAAAUCGAGCCUUUUAAAACGAUUUCAAUUUAAUGAGUUCGAAGAUGUUCCAUCACAUACGAUCGGUGUAGGACUUUCCACUCACAGCAUAGAAAUCGGAUCUGAAACUGUGCAGAUGACUUUAUGGGAUACUGCUGGGGAAGAGAGAUUCAAAUCGAUUACCAGUCAAUAUUAUAGAAAUGCUGAUGCAGCAAUCAUUGUGUUUGAUUUAACCUCAAAAAGAUCUUUUGAAGAAGUGAAAGAUCAUUGGAUUCCAGCAUUUAGAAAAGUUGUUGGAAGCACACCCUAUAUUGCUUUAGUGGGCAAUAAGAAAGAUCUUUUGGACAGAAAACAGGUUGAUCAUGAGACAUUUAAGGAUCUUGCCAACUUAUAUUGCAUUCAUCCCUGGGAAACCAGCGCUAAAGAUUCGACUAAUGUUAAAGAACUUUUCAAUACAAUGGGCCGAGAGUUAAUUCAACGUGUUGAUCAACUACAGAGCUUGGAAACAGGGCCAGAUAGUCUCUUUUUACAUAACAUCCCAGAAGAUCCCCAAGAUUUGUAUAGUUAUUGUACAGGUGGACCCAACUCAUAUUGUGUAGUAUAGUUGUACUACCUGUAUAGAUUGACAAAAAAGAUACUGAAAAUUUCUGUUAUAAUUAGAGAAUUGCACUGCAUGAUAAAAUGACAGUUAUCAAAUGCUGUCUUAUGCAAAAUUAUUUUACUCUUAGUGAAAGGAGCACGGCACGUAGACGGAACUAAAAUAACUUCCGGAGGACACCCUUGAGUGACCCUAAAAUUGCAACACAACACUUACAACAAUAUGUUACAUAAUUCAACGUAUAUUGUUUGAUAUAUA